AGGUGGGGGAUGAUGUUUCCAUCGACAGAAAAAGAUGGUGGAGGGCUUGGAGGCAGGGCGAGUGAUAUGCUGGACAGAUAAGAGAGGUGUAGGCCAUGGGUGAUGAUGAGGUUGAGGUGGUGGCCACGGUUGUGGGUCGGGGAGUUUACGUGGAAGAUGAGGUUUAGGGUGGAGAGGAGGGCAGUGAAGUCAGAGGAGAUGGGGCAGUGGGAAUUGAGAAGAAGGUUGAAAUCGCCCAUUAUGAGCAGUGUUUUAUGCAGAGGGAUAAGGAUGAGAGGAGACAGGAGAUAUCCACAAGGAAGGAGCGAGGAGAUUUUGGAGGGGGCGGUAGACUAGGAGAAUUUUGAAGGAGAGGAGGGAUGUUAGAGGGUGAGGUGCUCAAAAGAGGUGAUACAGCCAGAGAAAUAGUGGGAUAGACCAAGGGAGGUUUGGGAGAUGAGGGCCACCCCGCAGGUGCGUUGAUUGGGGCCAGAGGUGUGGUGAAAAGUGUAGCGGGGGGGGAGGGAGACGGGGUCACUGGGGAUAGACAGGUUUCCGUGAGCCUAAGAAUGUCUAUUUGCUCGUCCAGGAUGAGGUUGUGGAUUAUAAGAGCUUUAUUUGAGGAGCGGACAUUUUGGAGGCCAAUGCGAAUGGGGGUGCAGAUGGGGCAGGGUUUGAGGGAGGCGGAACAACUGUCAAGUAUGAGUGAAUUUGAUGAAACUAGUGUCCAACUGAAUGCUGUCCAAUUCAAACACCUGAUCGUUGCAGCGCUGAGAGAUUUGCAUGGAGAGAUUGGAGCUGCCUUGCCUGUUGAUGUACUGACAUUUGAAGAAGAGAUCUUAUCAGCCAUUCUGAGAGUACAAAACAGGGGUCUUGUGAAGCUUUGGAGUGCGUUGACACUCCUGGGAUGCUAUCAGGGUCAGAAAUGUGCUUUCAGAGUGUUACAGGUCUCUCCAUUUCUUCUUGCACUAUCAGGAGAUAGUAGAGAACUGCUGUUGACUAACGUCUUUGACAAUUAAUGUUUAAAACAAGAGUCUCGAAAAGGCGUUGUUGAAACAAGCUGGUUUGUAAUUUAAAGAAAUGCCUUUUAGCUAUCAAAUAAUUGUACCUAAUAUUUUUAAGAGCUCACUCAAGAUGAGUAAGUGGCGAGCAGACCAUACCUUAAAUCUACAGAAUAUCUUUCUUCGAUCUGUAAAUUUUCAGGUUGGGGAAAAGGCCGAGCUUACGAGAGCUUUUACACAGAGUGAUGUACUCAGCUUUUCGGAAUUAACAGGUGACACCAACCCAGUACAUUUGAGUGAAGAAUAUGCCAAAGCCAGCAAGUUUGGAAAGCCAAUUGUGCAUGGUCUUCUUGUUAAUGGAUUAUUGUCUGCUCUUCUGGGGACCAGAAUGCCUGGGUGCAUUUUUCUGUCCCAGGAGAUCCGUUUUCUAGCACCUUUAUAUAUAGGUGAACCAGUCUCAGCAAUUGCAGAAAUAAUUAAAGUGAAAAGAUCCAUUGCCUGGAUUGCGGUUUCAUGUAUCGUAAAAGAAUCUGAGAAGGUUGUAAUGAAAGGCGAAGUCAAGAUCAUGUUGCCAGGUGUUGGAGAUCAAAAUGUAUGACCGUAUUUGUAAUUUGUAUAAUGGAAACUGAAAGAGAGUUCUCUGUUUUUCACAAGAUAUUUUGAGUGGAUAUUGAUUUUUUUACUUUGCUGUGACAAAAAAAUGCCAAGAAAUUGCUUGCAUCAUUUGAAAAUAAAUGUAUUUUCUAAAAUGCUGA